UAGAUGCUUUUUCGUCUAUUUUAUUACUGUUGCUUGCCUACAAUUCUCAGCCAAUAACCACAUCUCUGGAAAGGUAUCUACUAUCUACCAUAUAAUUUCCUGUCUUAAGUUACAGAAUGUGGAUCAGUUAUAAUUUUCCUAUAUUUUAUAGGAAGCACCUUUUAACUACUAGAAAAGGUAUCAAGUUGCCAGCAGUAUGACCCUGGAUAACAUUUAUAUGAGAGAAGCCCUUUGCAUCCUGUGCAUGCAAAGAUUAUGCUUUAUUCUCAUAAUCAAGAAAUAGGAUAAUACUAAUCUUGCCUUGCAAGACAGAUGAAUCACAACUUACAAGUUACAAAACCUCAGGCUAUACUUUAACAACGAGAGGUCUUGUGUGAAACAAAAUCAAACAAUGAUAAUGAAGAACCCAGACUUUGUGUGGCCUUGAUCAAAGAUGUUGGCAAGAAAACUGUUAGAGAACUGGAGAGAUUUAGCAUAGUUUAGACCUGAAGGCAAAGCAAGGUAGGAACGCCCUGUGGGGCAGUGGAUAUACUAAAUGGCUUGUUUCAUGGAGACUAAAGGAAUGAUGAGAUCUUCUAAAUGGAAAGUAAGAGAGCAGAGGGCAUCAAGAAUCUCCUUCUGAAAAUAUUAUUUCCUUUAACCUUUCCCCUUGCUGGUUCUUUUAUCUUUGACCUCAUAACAGAUAGGGCAAACAGAGACAGUGAUAUAGACCUGUCUGAUAGCCCAACCGAAUUGGAUCCAUCAUACGGAUCAAGUUCAAUUCGCGAGGAAGAGGAAGAAGAAAUGGAUUCAAUUCAUCGUGCGCCGCGAAAACUAGUGCAAACAGAGAAUCCCUGCAGCACAGGUAGGAUUGUGAGCAGUGAAUUUUCACAUACCGAAGAAAUCAUGGUGGCGCAGGCCUCCGAUAGUUCAUCAGAAGUUUCAGUCAAUAGAGUUCAAGAUGAUCAGAGAAUGAUGAUGGAAGACGUCAACAGCUUGAAGCGCAUGGUGUCCGCCCUCGAAGAGCAGGCUGCGAGCAUCGAAUCGCAGUUCCAUGACUACUGCGACAUGAAGGAGCAGGAAUCAACAUACCAGAAGAUGCAGAUCAUGUGCCUGGGGAUGAAGCUGGAGCAGCUGGAGUCUCAGAACCAGAGGCUGGAAGCAGCUGCUGCGGAGAUCCGCGCAUCUGCUGAAGAGUUCGCGACGAUGCGAGCUAGGUUCGAUGCGAUGCAGAGCAAGUCCAAGAAGAUCUGGAAGAAGAACAAGCAAGACCUGGACGCCAUUGAUGAAAGAGUCCUGGCUCUUGAUGCCAGGGAGGCAGAAAUGGCAACAAGGUGCCAGGGCUUUGAGCAGUUCAUGGAGGAGAUGAAGCAGCUCACUUUGCAGCUGCAGAAGGAGAAAGGAACAAACAAUGAGAAUGUGGAGGUGAUUGUGGAGAGAAGCAUGAGAAAGCUGGGGUCGAGCGGCAGGGACGUUCUUGACGGGCUGGAGGCGCUCCGGGACCGGUGGGCGGCCGACAUGGAGGAGAUGAUCUACCUCGGCUGGAUCACGGCGUGGCUGCAGCACGACCUCCUCGUCCUCGACGGCGGCGAGGUCGGCACGCCGGCGGCGAUCAUCGGCGACGAGACACCGGCGCAGCCGCGGCACAAGGGGGAGAAGGUGGUGGUCGCGGUGGCGCCGAGCAACGAGGUGGAGCUCUGCAAGGCGGCGUCGGCGUCAUCGAGCUCGUCGUCGGAGAUGCGCGGCGCGGCGGAGCCGUCGUGCAUGAUGGGGUUCGUCGCCGGCGGGUGCACGAGCAUCGGACGGCCCAGAUUGCUCCGCAGGCUGAGGGGGUGGGCCGGUGGGAAGGGCGGGAGCAGCAGGAGGCAGUGCAAGAUCGAAUUCCCAACUAGUCCGAUGUAAUCCGUUCAAAUUUAAUUCGAAUUUAUUUAAUUUGUUACUUGUGAUGAGGUGAAAAAAAAGUUCAAAUUUGUAUGUGUUUCAAUUGAAAAAAUCAGCAGUCUUCGGACUGUUCUCGGAUGAACACGUUGUACGUACUUGAGUAAAUUGUGUUGUGUUGAGAAGGAAGUUAACAUUCAUGGUCAA